AUGGAGACGACAGGCACUCAUGCGCUGCUCCAACUGACAGAAAAAACAUGUGGGCUCUGCAAAACGCAAGGGAACACCCUGCGCUGCUCCCGUUGCCAAGUCGUCUACUACUGCAGCCGUGAGCACCAGGCUGAACACCUCAACGCCCACAAGAAAUCCUGCAGCCAAGUGCGCAAAUCGCGCGAUGCGCUCGCGGCCGAGGAGCAGAAACUGCGUGAUAUGCCAGCAGACGUGCUUUUCGCGGGCGACGCUUUUAACACCUGUGUCGGGCACUUUUGGGGGGUCAUCGAGACGCGCCCGUACAUGCGUGCGCGCAGCGCGCUUAUCCACGCGUUAAUGGUUGUUGAGAGCCGGGAAUCGGUGCAGAUGCAAAUGGAGCACGCGAGAGAUAUGCUGCGUCUCUGCCGUGGGGAUAAUGUCGGUAUUCGCGUCGCGGUGCCGGGCGCUCUGUUGCAACUGGGCAGGGAUCAGGAGUGCUAUGAUUUCGUCAAAUGCUCAGCUGUCGACUCCGCCACACGGCCCACACCUGCUAAGGGCCCGCGCCUGCGCAGUUCGAUAAUUGCGAAGAAUGCGGACAUUUUAUUGCGCGGGGAUCAUACGUCGGCGAUUGGCUUGCUGCAAGAUCAGGUCAAGAAACUCUACAAGGCCCUCCACAGCUCAAACAAGUACUUUUGGGAAGCUCUGCUCGAACCGGAGAAGCAUCUGCAUGAGCUGCCAGCUUACUAUUCGCCUGGUACCCUAUCAGAGGUGCAGUCGAUGCUGAAGUAUAUCUACCCUGCAUGGGCUAUGACCCCAGGAGCUGUGGAAUUGAUAGAGAAUAUCACUUUGGGGGAAUUUUAA